AUUCCACGCUUCACCUUAUAACCAAAACCAAUCGCUCCCCUUUUCCAUAUUCCUUCAUUGCUUUCAAGCUCUUCUUCUUCUUCUUCUUCUUCCUCCAUUCCCAUGGCUUCCCAAGAACUCAAACACCGGGUCACACACGAUGCAGACACCAAAGCAGGAGGAGGAACAACAACAACAACAACCAGACGGGACAAGAAAAUGGCGAUGGCCAAACGCGGUCUUAGGUCACUCCUGAUUGCCGUUAUUCUCCCCUUGUCGCUGACUCUCUUCUCCGCAUACAUAUCGAGCUCCAUGUCACGUGCCAACCACCACAUGGAUCACAAGACUCCCUUCUGGUUCCCGCCCUCGUGGGCCCUACACCUAACUUUACCCGCUUCGGGCUUCCUGAUGGGCCUCUCGGCCUGGAUGGUUUGGGCCGAAGGAGGAUUCCACAGGCACCCCGUAGCUGUGGUGCUCUACGUGGCUCAGCUCCUCUUAACGGUUCUGUGGGACCCGCUUGUGUUCGGUGCAGGUGCUUCGAGGGUGGGCAUGGUGCUGUGCCUGGGUCUGUUUGGGUGCCUGUAUGGGUGCAUGCGUGUGUUUAAGCAGGUCAACCAUGUUGCUGCUGAUUUGAUAAAGCCUUGUUUGGCUUGGACCGCUUUUCUCUCCAUUGUAAAUCUUAAGCUCCUUUCUGCCUAAUCAUACUUUUAAUUAGAGAGUAACCAGAUCAAUUACUUUUUCUUAAUUAGAUACCUUCAUACAAAGACCCUCUUGUAAAUAUUAAAUAAUAUUAUAUUCCCUGUGCUUUUUUGGUGUUCUGCUGUGUUUCCUUUGUAAGUUUUGUGUGUGUGUGUAAAUCUUAAAUAUGUAUAUGCUUAAAGUUGUCUUAUUAUGAGGUAAGAACUACUAAUAUUGUGUUUUAAAUCGUUAUUGAAUGUUUAGAUCUGCGUCUGUAAUUUUCUCUCUGUGAUUUGAUUUGAAUAAAACAAAAUCUAUGCCCUGAAUGAAUGAAA